UCCAGCUGCCCAAGUUCGGCUGCUCCGGAGGCCAGAGCGCGCGUCCCGGGCCAGCUCCGCGCGCGCCGGCAACUCUCCUGCCUUCUUGCCCUUCCCGCCCGGCCGCCUCCAGACCUGGGCGCGUCGCUUCCCGGCGUUAGCCGUUCGGCUGGCGCGUCCGUCCCGCACGGGCGCUCGGAGCGGCUGGAUCCCGUGCGCUCGCUCCCAGGACCGGGGGGCUGGACCGACGUAUUCAUUCUGACUGGAGAAUGAACAGAGUGAAGGAGAGGUAGAGAGAGAGGGAGACAGAGGAUCUAAAGCAGGCUUUGUGCUGACAGCAGAGAGCCCAGUGUGGGGCUGGAACUCACGAACCACAAGAUCAUGACCUGAGCCAAAGUCGGAUGCUUAACCGUCUGAGCCACGCAGGAUAUUUCUUCCCAGCUCUCAGACAUCUUGGACAACGUCAACUGUGUCAUCAACAGCUUCCAGGAAGAAUUAGGAUAUGAUUUAAAAGAAAAGGCAAAACCUGACCAGAUGGAGCAAAAGGGCAAGAACAGAUUCAUCUUACUGGAGAAAAUUGCCUCCUUCUCUGAAGAUGCUAAUACUAAAGAGAAGCACUUGUAUGAAAUUCUCCGCUGGCUGGGUGACUGGGGUGACAGUCUGACCUAUGAGCUCAGGAACAGGAAGUGUAAGGAGGAAGAGGAAGCCCUGGAUGAAUGGAUUGAGGUGAUGGAGAAGGUAUUACCUCUCUCUCUCAUUGCCACCAAAGGAGGCAUCGAAUCUCUCACUUCCCUUUGUUCCACUCUCAUUGAAGGACAAAAGCAAAGGACACAAAUAUCCAAACACACCUUCUGGCAAGGCUGGUGGGAACAGAGACCCCCAAAAUCUGCAUCCUACCCUCAGCCACUGAGCCCAGAACAGAUGCUCCAGGACAGUCAUGCUACCUGCACGAAGGUCUCUGAGGUGAAGUCCAUGCUGCAGGAGCUCCUGGACUCCACCAUGUUCAACCAGAGGGAGGUCAGAGCCAUCAGGUACAUGUCUGCCAUGGUAGAGAACCUCAAUAAGGCCUUGACCCUCCAGCACAAAGAGAACAGAAGCCUGGAGACCAAAUACAGGAACCUGAAAAUAGAGAUGACCAAAGAACUUAGCACCCAGAGGCUAUACUUCCAGAAUUCCCUCCAAGUUCUCCAGAGCAAGAGGGAUGCCCUGCUAAAGCAAGUGGAAAUUCUAGGGGGGAAAUACCAUGACCUUCUCCUGAUAAAGCAUGCCUUAGAGUUCCAGCUAGAGAAGGCUCAGUCUGCUAGAGAUCAAGCAGAAGAACCAACCAAGAUCUUGGUUGACUCCCUGGGGCCCCCUGAGAAAGAGACCCUCCCAGAGAAAGAAACAGUCAUGAAGGAAACUCAGCAGGAACCCAAGAAGGAGCAGUUGUUUUCACCACUCUCCCCAGGUCCCAUGGCCACAGCCUGGGACAGCGGUGCCAGGCCUUCAACAUCUCAGCCACUCUCCACCAUGACCAUGUAUUCGAGGAUUGCGGAUGUGUACAGCACCAAGGACACCGAACAUCUUCAGCCCAUGAUGCUGUCCUCGGUGGAUCACAGGUCUCCUAAGAUAUGGGAAAGACUGGUGGCAGAAAGCCCAGGCCACUUCUUUCACCAAGUGAAAGACCAAAAGGAUGUCCAGGAAGCAUCCCAGGAGAAGGAAGGACUCCAAAUUAAGCCCCACUUGAGGAUGCAGCUGUCCCCAGAGAGUUCCAGGAAGGUGGCCUUGGAGAGCAAGGCGGAGCACUGGGAAGAAGAGCUCCGCUGGGAGAGGCAGAGGCAGCAGUGGCUGGAGGAGGAGGAGAUGUGGCUGCAGCGUCAGAAGAAGUGGGCCCUGCUGGAGCAGGAACACCGGGAGAAGCUGCAACAGUGGAAGGUGGAGGAGGCGGCGAGGGAGCAGUGGCAGAGGUCGGGCCAGCAAGAAAAGGAGCAAGGGGGCCCAUGGAGGGAGCCAGAGCCUCCAGGGGAGGGCACAGACAGGGUGCUCUUCAUGACCACCAGGCAGUGGAGGGACUUGGAGAAGGCAUCGCUGGCACCUCCCUCAAGCCGGGCCCAGUCUGCUCACCAAGGCAGGAAGCACUUUCCCAGGUCCCCUAAUACCCGGCAGCCUGCCCCCAGAAACCAGAGGAACACGAGUUCAGCCAAGUCUACGCAGAAACCGUGGACCUGCCAGGUUCCCACGAAGCCCAAGAAAUCGGCCUCCUUUCCUGUCACGGGGACAUCCAUCCAAAAGGUGUCCCGGCCUCCUUUGCAUAUCCCCUCAGUAACUCUCAAGGGGAAAGUAUACCACAUGGAUGUGGAGGCACAGAGGAAGAAUCUGCAGCUCCUGAGCGAGGAGGCUGACCUGGGGCUGCCCCACUACCUACGCACCAAGGCGCUGGAUCUCACCACCACCACCAUGGAGCUGAACGUGCUUCGGCUGCAGUGUCUGUGCCAUAAGUACAUCCGCUACAGAUACUUCCAGAGCCUCCGACAAGAAGUGACCAACCACAUACAAGUUAUGCAAGAAACUGAGACUACCUACAAGACCCAGAACCUCUACAUCUACCUGGAAAACAUUGACCGCCUGCAGAAUCUCUGGCUGCAGGCCUGGACAGACAAGCAGAAGGACCUGGAGGAGAAGCACCAAGAGUGCCUGAGCAGCAUGGUGACCAUGUUCCCCAAGCUCCAGCUGGAGUGGAACGUUCGUCUGCACAUCCCUGUGGUCACCUCCACAAAGCCGAGGAAAAACAAGCCACCCACAUCCUCUCUCCGGCACACGCACUCAUGUGGCCUCUCCUGCAGGCAGCCUCCUGGGCACUUUCCAUGCAAGCACUGGGAAUGUGAGCCCCUGUGCAUGGCUCGACAACAGGAUAACCAGAUAGAAGCCAUCUGGAAGACUGAUGUGGCCUCCUCCAGUCACCCAAUAGAAAAGAAGACUCCCCCCGGCCUGCCCUGGGACCAGCUAGGGGGGUGCCCAGACAUUCCCCGCCUAUUGACCUUGGAUGUGCAUUCCUCCUACCACAAAAGCUUGAGGUCCCUCAAGGCCCGUGUCUUGGCGACCAAAAGAAACGAAUCCCGGGAAGCCCCAGAUGAGUCAGCUGAGCUUGUUUGUAAAAAGUCAAAUGAGUCUUUCCCUGGAACCAUAAAGCCAGAAGGAUCAAGACAGUCUCAGUCCCCACUCCAUCCAUUAGUCAGUGAUUCUCAAACUUCAGGGUGAGUGAAAAUCACAUGGGAACUUGUUUCAAAUGCAGGUUCCCAGCUGGUGUUUUUAAACAAACAUCCUGGGCAUUGCUAAAUAGUCCUAGAACUUUGAGAAACACCACUUCCCUCCUUCAGUCCCCAAACUGUACAUUUUUAAUAAAAUAGAGGUGUGUUUCUUUUUAAAACUUUUUGUGUUGUUGCUGAAACCCACACUGAACUCAGUUUUGGAACAAGAUCUAUGACCAUCUGGCCCCUGAUCUGGACGCCAAUCAGGGAGGAUUCCCCAAGUGUCACCUCUGCCCUUUGGGAGCCAGCAAGCCAGGGCGGCCACGAUUAGUGCCCGGCACGCAGUAGGCACCAGUAAUUUUUCAAUUCAUCAGAGACAUGGACAAAUAAGUAACUGAUGUGCUGAUGAUUAGCAGGAAGGCUCAGAAGAUAAGACCAAAAGGAAGUAUCAAGUACCAGUCAGAGCCAGGUGUCACUGGGUAGGAGGCAAAAGCAGAUAUGUCUCUGAGGAGUGAGGACAAGGGUGGAAGAAAUGAAGACACAGAGGUUCCACCUCUAGAUGGUGUGGUCUAAGGAGGCCAUCUCUGGCAACUCUUCAAGCAGUUACAACACUGCUUUCGUGAAUUGAUUCAGCUCAUGAGCACCGCUGUCCACCCUACUCCCCUCUAGCACACAGCCAUCUGCCUCAUCUACCACUUGGCCUUCAGCCUCCCACUUUCUUCCACUGGCCCAGACACACCUGGCCUGGGGACAUUGUCUAGGAAGUGACCUUGUCCUCAGAGAACCCGCAACCCAGUGAUUCUGUUUAUCAGGAUUGGUGCCCAUGUGUGCUUCCCUCCAAGGUGAAGACUCGGAAAAGAAGAGGAAGAUGUGGGAUGUGAAAAGCUGGCCUUUAGAUGAUGGGAGAGUAGAAAUGACUGCUGAGCCACGGCUUAACAUAGGGCUAGGAUGCCUGGUUGGGGAGGAAGGGGAGAGACAUUCCUGCUGCAGGUCUUAACACAGGACAACUGUGACAGCCAACAGCCACUCCUGGCCUUUCAGGUCUCGAGCUUAUUCUUUCUUUGGAGGCCUCACCCAAAUUGUAUCCUACAUAAUAAAAUGCCCUCACACUAAAUACAACACUUUAAAUAAUUUGAAAGGAUUUAUGUAACUCUACCUUGGAAAUAACUGGCCAUGAGGGUUUUUUUUUAAUCUUUUAUUAUUUUUGAGAGAGAGAGAGAGAGAGACAGAAUGAGAGCAGGGGAGGAACAGAGACAAAGGGAGACACAGAAUCUGAAGCAGGCUUCAGGCUCCAAGCUGUCAGCACAGAGCCCGACGAGGGGCUCGAACCCAUGAACCAUGAGAUCAUGACCUGAGCCGAAGUUGGACACAACCAACUGAGCCACCCAGGCGCCCCUUUUU